AUGGAAGGUCGCCGGAGGAUAACACUUUAUGAUCAAAUGACAGCUGGCAACAGUAACAACAGCAGCAGCAGCCGAGACUCGCUAGCAAGCCUCAUGCUCGACGACGUCGUUUUCAAGAAGACCGAAGCCGAAGCCGAAGCGAGUCGCAAAAUGAGCCGAAGCCGAACUCUCCAAGACAUUAUUCGCGAAGAGAAACCUAACGGCGACGCGAAGGAUCGCAAUUCUUGGAAAGCCUUCAAGGAAAAGCUUCGGCUCAAGCGCGCCAUCGGCUCGGCUUGGUCGUCCUCCGCCACUAAUCACAGUAAUAAUAGCAAUAAUAACGACGACGAUACUGAUGGAAAUUUACCUGAAACUCGCCUCGACUCGGAUUCGGCGACUCAGCAGAACGACAUCGUUGCGGAAGACGUAAACGCAAACGCAAACGAUUCGGCUCCGAUCCCGCAGCUCGGAUCUCCGGCGGACAACGUGGCGACCGGAGGCGACUCCUCCGACGGGGAGAACAACCACGAGGCGGCGGUUGGCGUGUCGUUGAUGGAUUUGUUGGAGGAAGCGGAGCAGGAAAUGGAUUUGUACAGAGUGAGCGAUGACGAUGAGGUGGUGGAAGAAUUUGAAAAGGGAGAAGAAGAGGAAGAAGAAGAAAAAAAGGGUGUGGUGGAGUAUAACUGCUGCGUGUGCAUGGUGCGGCAUAAAGGCGCAGCGUUUAUCCCGUGCGGACACACGUUCUGCAGAAUGUGCUCCAGGGAGAUUUGGGUGAGCAGAGGGAAUUGCCCUCUCUGCAAUAAUUUAAUUCUGGAAAUUCUUGAUAUUUUCUAA